CGAGCAUCAAAAAUGGGUAGGUGGUGUGAAUCGGUAAAGUGCCGCGCACUAUAUAUUAUUAUGUUCGUUCGGAUGUGACGUCUGCAGCAAUCUCAAAAUUGUGACAAAUUUCGCGCGACGAAGCAAGAGGAGAGAGAGAGAGAGAGAUUAAGGACAGAAAGGGGACACACUUUGUCUGUCUGUCCGUCUACCUAUAUACGUAUAUAUUUAAGUAUACCCACAUAUAAAUGCACCAAUGGGUAUAUUUCGGCGAGCGUAGCUGAUGCAAGUGCAACUCGUUAUGGCUGUUAUUUCGUCUCCCAGCAGCAACAACUUACCCUUGGAACGUCAUGCGCGCUGCAGAUGCGCGUCGGCAGCCCGUGAGUAGGAGACCCGACCGGCAGCAGCAAUGACACCGGAGGAUCGGAUGGCCUGGGGAAACUGGAGCUCCGAGUCCCCGGACAACUGGAGCGCGGCGGUGACGUUGGGGCCCGACAACUCGGGCAACACCAACUGCAGCCUCGAGUCGGGAGAUGGGCUCCUCGAGUUCCUCAUCUACGGGCUGCUCUUGAACGCCGUGAGCUUCCUCGGUAUCGUCGGCAACACCAUAUCGAUGAUCGUGCUGUCGAGGCCCCAAAUGAAGUCCUCCAUCAAUUACCUGCUCAUCGGGCUCGCCACCUGCGACACCAUCCUCAUUCUAUUGUCCGUGUUGGUCUACGGGCUGUCGGGCAUCUACGCGUACACGGGCUGCCUGUUCAACUACAAGUUCUACGUGUAUCCGAAGAUCGUGCGCUACCUGUAUCCCCUGUCUACGACCGCCCAAAUGGCCACGGUCUACCUCACCCUCACUGUCACCAUGGAGCGCUACGUCGCCGUUUGCCAUCCCCUAAAGGCCCGCUCGCUCUGCACUUACGGCAGGGCCCGCACCGCCCUCGCCCUCAUUGUCCUCGGCUCCGUGCUCUACAACUUGCCCAAACUGUGGGAGGUGGAGCUGAGCGAGGAGGUCCACUCGACGCGCAACGUAACGAUAUUCUGCAUCGUGCCUACGGAGCUGCGGGAGAACAAGCUCUACAUAGCUAUUUACGUGCACUGGUCCUACUUUUUCGUCUACUACGCCUUCCCCUUUGUGGCCCUCGUUAUUUUUAAUGUCGCCAUUUACAAGAGGGUGAGGCGAGCUAACCGGGACCUGCGCCGACUCUCUCGGCACCAGCGCCGUGAGAUCGGCCUCGCGACCAUGUUGCUCUGCGUGGUGAUAGUAUUCCUCGUGUGCAACGUCCUGCCGCUCGUGAGCAACGUCUACGAGAACGUGUACGUGAAUCCACCGGCUUGGCUCAUCCAGGCGGGCAACCUCCUCGUGACCUUCAACAGCGGCGUCAACUUUGUCAUCUACGUGAUCUUCGGGCGCAAGUUCAAGCGCAUCUUCUUAAAGAUGUUCUGCCAGUUGCCGGGCGAGCGGACCCGGACGGCCAGGGCCGAUAGUCCCGACUUUCAGACGAACGAGGACUCGUUCGCGACCAACAUGAGCCACAUCGAGCUCCGCAACUCCAUACGGCGCUCCCAUCACCAUCACCACCCGCAGUACCCGCACUCGCACAACAGCUACCACCAUAACCACGGCAACAGCUACACGUCAGCUGGUACAAUGGGUAACUCGCUCAGGCCACACCACAAUAACAACAACAACAACGGCUCCUCGUCGGUGUACUACCCCCCUACGAGCACGACGACGACGGUGAAGCAUAGUCCCCUCGUCGCCAGCUACUACGACAGCAGCAGCCAUCGGAACCACUGCGGCAGAGGUGGGGAACGAGCCGCCAUUACCCUAGAGGAUACGGCCUUCUGCUGACGGGGCUGCUGAA